CAGAAACUUCAUACAACUGUUGAGACUUCAGUCGGAAACUUUGUUGUCCACUAAAACACGAUGAAAGUGGAUGACAUCAUUCCGCUUCUCGGUAAUUUUGGCUUCUACCAGUUCGUCCUGAUAUGCUACCUGGGUCUAAACAAUAUCGUUGGUUGCUUCACAUCUCUGGGUAAUGUGUUCUACGCGGCGGAGACCGACCAUUGGUGCAACGUUUUGCCGAAUGAGAAUUGUUCCAACUGGGCGGAGUUUCAAGACAACUGCACUGACGUGAAGAAGUCCAUCUUCCUGCCUCCUCCUGAAAAUGGUUCCGACAGCGAGUAUCCUUACUCCAAUUGUAAGCAGUGGCAGCUACCAGAUGGGUACGUAUUUGAUCCGUACGUACCGCUCAGUGACUACGACGGUUUCACCUACGUGGAUGUGCUCUGCAAAAAUGGAUGGGAGUUCGACACGUCACAGUACAAGACCACCACCAUUUCAGAGUUUGGUCUGGUGUGUGACCAAGGAAGCCUGCCUAGUCUGGCGCAGACCAUUUACUUUUCCGGGUUGUUAGUGGGCUCCUUCGUUGGCGGCUCCUUCUCUGACUGGAUUGGUCGUAAGAAGGUCAUAAUCAUUGGACAGUGUUUAUGGGUGGCCGGCGUGCUCGCUACCACAUUUUCAGUUAACAUCUACAUGUACAUGGCUGUCCGAUUCAUUUCUGGUUUCGGUAACAUAGCAAGCUACGUCGGCCUGUACGUUUUGGUUCUUGAAGUCAUAGGCAAGUCAUGGCGUACAGCCGUGACAAUGUUCGUUGGCAUGCUGUACGCAGUGGGGUACUUCUUCAUUGCGACUGCAGGCAUGUACGUCAGGCAGUGGCGCCCUUUGUCGCUGUAUCUCAACGUGACGUCAGUGGUCAUGUUCAUCCCGCUGAUUUUCCUACAAGAGUCAAUUAGAUGGUUGGUGUCUAAGGGCAAGGUUGAUGAAGCUGAAUCAGUCAUCAGGAGAAUUGCAAAGUACAACAAGAAGACUUUGCCUGAUGUCUUAUUCGAUAAAGAGGAUAUCAUGAAAGAAAUGGAAACGAAGGAGUCGACAAUCCCUCCAUCUGUCAUUAACCUGUAUAAAACACCUAACAUGGCGGUCAAGACACUCAACAUGCAGUGGAACUGGUUUGUUAAUAGUCUGGUUUACUUCGGCCUAUCGCAGAGCACCAACGAUCUAGGAGUCGACGACUACUGGGCUUUCUUCGUGUCGGGAGCCGUGGAAAUCCCGGCCCUGCUGUACGCCACUUUUGGAGUGGAGUGGUUCGGCCGGAAACUGAACACCGGGAUAUUGGAAUUGAUUGGCGGCGCAGCGUGUUUAGCCACUAUCUUCAUCCCCGCUGGUAUCUGGCGGACCGUGGUCGCCAUGGUCGGCAAGUUCUGCAUCUCUGCCACAUUCAGCAUCGUAUAUGUCUACUCUACCGAGCUGUUCCCAACACCAAUCAGAGGUGUUGGAUUGGGACUGUGUUCCUUUGCGGCUCGAGCCGGCGGGAUGCUCUCUCCCAUUAUCCUGCUGCUUGGAGACACCACCAUUGAGGCACUCCCCUUAAUACUAUUCGGUGCAAGUGCGCUUGUGGCCGGCGUUCUGGUAUUCUUCUUGCCGGAAACACGCGGCCAGAAGUUACCUCAGACGUUGAAGGAAGGGGAAGAAAUUGGAAAAUGUCGAUGCAUGGGUGGCGGGAACAUCUAUGACGAGUCUGACGUGGAACUUGAUGACGGGGACACAGCCACAGAGGGCGUCUUUGCGAUAUCCAACGCCGCCUUCGAUCAAAAGGACGAGAAGAAGGAAUAUCGCGACUUCUCGCAGCAAUUCACCAAAGACCUUCGAGACAGUUCGCAUAUGUAGAACAGAAGAUGUACACGAGACACGCUUGUUAUUUUCCUCUGCCAAUGUGCUAUCCUGGCCAAAAAAACGUAGCAUAUAAUGCAUCAUUUUGUUGGACGUUUUCAACAAGACAAAACAAAUAUAAAUUAACCAUAUGACUCAACAUUUAGUCACAAACACUGUGACGUAAUGUUGUACUAAUUGAUGAAUAUAUGUUCACACAAUUACUGGUUUAGCCUAUAUCCGAUUGAGUCAGAGCGCAUUGUCUUCAAAUUUCGAAGGAGUGCCGAAAGUCGGCACUUGUGUCAAGAAAAUUCGAACUUUGCAUUAUAGCCAAAAGCGAGGCUUUACGGACGACGGUUGCCCACUUCGCAAACGAUGUUAUCAGCUCAUGAACACAGACAGUCAUACAUAUACACAAACAUAUGUAUAUCAUCCUGAAUUGAGCAACUGGCUAAUACACAUGCAUUUUGUGCUAUAUAAAACAGUGAUACAAAAAUCAAUAUGUAUAACGUUUAUAUAACCAAGUUCACAAGUGGUUUAUGGCUGUUCAUGGGCGGUCCUAAUUAAAUUGGUAUUGAUCUUAUCACAUUAUACUGAAGGCUAUUAAUGCUUUGAUUUUUACUUAAUUUGAUUCUUUACAAAAUGGGAAUUUAUAAUUUUGCACUCCAUACCUUUUAGACACACGGCUGCUUAAAUAUAGGUGAAGAAUAUAUUUCCAUAACGUGACAUAUCCAUUUGAAAAAGGUGGACAACUUGCACAGUUAUGGAACCUAAAAGAAUGAAACAGUAUAUUACCUGUUUUUAAACUUUAUUCUUUAGCUUUGCGUUUUCAUUGAUUGCAAAUGUAUACAUGUACAUUUUGUAGAUACUGGGGCCUUAUAGUCUAUUUCGAUUGUAUGCCCAACAGUAUUGGUCACAUGUAUUGUUUAAGUAAAAUACAUUUUGACUAUUCAAUCCAAGGAAACAAUGCAAAGCUUUGCCUGUUUCAGGAUUUAGGAUAUUGCCACAUAUAUACAAUCUAUCACUGUAAUCUCUCAGACCUAAGAGUAUUCUUUUUUUCAGCAUUGGCUGUAGUUAACAACAUCCAUUGUUUAUUUUUCUGUUAGAAAAAAAAUUGAUCUUAGUUUUAUACAUGAUGGCUUUGUCAUUUGAUGUUGUCACAAAAUAUCGCAAGUGAACAAUUUCGAAUAUACUUUUUGGUUAGACAAAACUCCAAUUCGUCAAUUUCGAAACGC